AUGUCUUUGCCAACUUUAUACUAUUUUGAUGCAAAAGGUCGUGCUGAGUGUGCUCGUUUACUCUUAGCAUAUGCAGGUGUUCAAUACGUUGACCUUAGAUUCCCAUACCCAGUGAUCCCUGACAAUGUGGCAGAAAAAACCACAUUUGGUCAAGUUCCACACUACUCUGAUGGUGAUAUUGAAUUGUCUCAAUCAUUGGCCAUUGAAUUGUAUUUGUCUAGAAAGUAUGGUUUGUUAGGAUCAAAUGCCGUUGAUGAAGCCAAGAUUAUCAGUUAUGCAAUAUCCACUGGAGAUAUCUCUCAAGCAUUUAUCGUGGCGCAAAAAGGUGGACCAGAAGCAAUGGAGAAAUACAAAAAUGAAGUCGCUCCACGUUACUAUCGAGUUUGGGAGAAAACUCUCAAGGAGAAUGGUUGUAAGCAUUUCUAUGGUAAGAGUAUCACCUAUGCUGAUAUUGCCAUCUUUAGUGUCAUUGAUUAUGUACUUUCAAAGGAUGCCAAUAGAUUUGAACAAUUCCCAUCAUGUCUUGAAUUCCAUCGUCAUAUUCUUGAAGUUCCUAAUCUUAAAAUUUAUUUAGCAAGCAGAAAAGUAACUCCAUUCUAA